UCUACAACGCAAGCUCCCGAGUGAGUAUAAAAGCAAAGUCACAGCUCUCAUCCUGCACACUGGCACCGCAGUUGUGUAUUCUCGAAGAUGAGCUACAGCAUGGAAUAUCUCACGAGCUCUCCGCAUAGGAGGGCACGAGGUGACUUCCUCCGAUUACAGCCUAAAAACCUCGGAUCGUCCUCUACAGGGAUGCCGUUUUCCAGGAGCUCUCUCAGCAGUGGGUCGUCUGCGUCAUUCAAACAGAGCAGUCUGAUGCUUAAAAAAGAGUACAGGUCUCCUGUUCUUAGAUCCACUGAUAGCACAGACCUUGUAAACCAGUUUAAAGUGCCGAAUAUAAACGAGAAGCAGCUUCUCCAGGGGCUUAACGACCGCUUUGCAGGCUUUAUCGAAAAGGUUCGUCAUCUUGAAAGCCAGAACAACAUUUUGGUAAAUGAGAUUCAAGAACUGAGGCAAAAGCAAGUUUCCCUGUCCUCUCUGUCUGAAGUUUACGAUCCUGAAAUCAAAGAUCUAAGAGAGCUUGUCAGUACAAUUACCUCUCAAAAGGCUCAGAUUGAGCUCGAGCAUCAUCAUUUGGAGGAAGAUAUUCACCUUUUGAGGGGGAGAUAUGAAGAGGAAGCUCGCAGUAGAUCAGACACUGAGGCCAUCAUUAUGACAUUGAAGAAAGAUAUUAAUGACGCACACCUCUCCAAAGUGGAACUGGACAAAAAAGCUCACUCUCUGAUGGAAGAAAUACUUUUCUUAAAGAAAACCCACCAAGAAGAGGUAUCAGAAAUAAUGGCCCAAAUCCACGAUGCGCAAGUUACUGUCGAUCUGAAAGACUUUGGAAAGCCAGACAUCACAGCGGCUUUGAGGGAAAUCAGAAGUCAGCUUGAAGAUCACACCAAUACCAACAUGCAACAAGCAGAGGAAUGUUUCAGGGCCAGGGUAGCUAAACUGACAAAAGCAGCUGAAGAGAAUAAUGAAGCACUCCAAGUCAGAAGAGAACACAUCCACGAGCACGGACGCCAACUGCAGUCAAAAACCAUAGAGCUGGAAACAGUUAAAUGCACCAGGGAAUCUUUAGAGAAGCAACUCAAUGCGCUUGAAGAGAGGCACGAUGCGGAAAUCAGUCAUUACCAGGAUGCUAUCCAACAACUGGAGCAUGAGCUUAAACACACACAGUAUGAUAUGUCUGGCCACCUGAGGGGGUACCAGGAUCUUCUGAAUGUCAAAAUGGCCCUAGAUGUGGAGAUUGCAUCCUACAGGAAACUUUUGGAAGGUGAGGAAACAAGAUUUUCUUCAGUUGCUGCAGGUCAUGUUCCAGCACCACAUGAGUACAGACAAUCCUCUGUCUACACUCUGCCAAGUUUCACAAGGCAGAAAACUGCCACUAAGAAGGUGGAGCCACAGUACAAGUUUGUUGAGGAGACCAUCACAGAAACAACCAAAGAAGUGGAGAUUGAUGACACUGAUAUAGAGGAAAUAAUGAGUGAAGAAGAAAGGAUGGAAAAGGAGAGUCCAAAGGUUGAGGUGGAAACAACAACUGACAUUGGAGAGGCUCAAGAGGAUGGAGAGGAAGUGGGCAAUGUAGAAGCAGAGAAACACAAUGAAGAUGAACAAGAAGAGACCUCAGCUGAACCUGGGUAUGAGGAGGAAAUUGCAGUUAAAAAAGGUGACGAAGAAGCAAUUGAAGCUGAAGCUGCAUCCGAAGCUGUAGAAGAGACAGAAACCUUCCAAGAUGAUGUGGUUCACGCAGAAGACAUCAAGGAUAAGAAAGAAGUAAAAGAAGAGAGCACUGAUCAAGUAGAAACCUUUGAAGAAGUGCAGAAAACUAUCGUGGAAAAAACCACAAAGCAACCUACAGAUGUAGCAGAAACAGAAAUAGAAGAGGCACCAGAAGAUGAACCUUUCAGAGAACCAAAAUCACUACCCAGUGAAAUGACACCAGAAAUAGAUGAAAGUGAAGAGACAAAAAAAGAACAGACUUCAGAUGACAAAACCAAAGAAAAACAAGUAGAAAAAACAGAAGACCAAAAAGAGGAGAGUUCUAUAACAAAGAAAGAGGAAGAUAAACCUGAAGAGAAAAGUGUCACUGCAGAGAAGGAGGAAAUUAAGCCAGAAGAGAAAAGCCCUCUUGAGGAAAAGACAGCAGAGAAAGCAAUCCAUGAACACACUGAGAAACAAGAUACUAUGGAACCGAAGGAGAUGACCAGUCCAUUGGAAUCAGAAGAAGAACCUGGCAAAACUGAAGAUAAAAUAACCACAGAUGUCAAAGUGGAAUCCCAUGAUAUUCAGAAAGAGGAGGUGGUGAGGCAGUCAAAAUCAGAAGAAGAGGGUGCUUCAGAACCUGAGAAGACUGAGGAGAAAACAACCUCAGAUAUUGAAGCAGCACAAGAAGACAUUCCAGAAGAGGAGACUGUAAGUGAAUUAAAAUCUGAAGAAAAAGAGACUUCAAAACCUGAGAAGAUUGAAGAGAAAACAACCCCAGAUAUUGAAGCAGCACAAGAAGACAUUCAAAAAGAGGAGACUGUGAGUGAAUUAAAAUCAGAAAAAGAAGACAAUUCAGAACCUGAGAAAACUGAAGAUAAAAUAACCACAGAUGUCAAAGUGGAAUCCCAUGAUAUUCAGAAAGAGGAGGUGGUGAGGCAGUCAAAAUCAGAAGAAGAGGGUGCUUCAGAACCUGAGAAGACUGAGGAGAAAACAACCUCAGAUACUGAAGCAGCACAAGAAGACAUUCCAGAAGAAGAGACUGUAAGUGAAUUAAAAUCUGAAGAAAAAGAGACUUCAAAACCUGAGAAGAUUGAAGAGAAAACAACCCCAGAUAUUGAAGCAGCACAAGAAGACAUUCCAGAAGAGGAGACUGUAAGUGAAUUAAAAUCUGAAGAAAAAGAGACUUCAAAACCUGAGAAGACUGAGGAGAAAACAACCCCAGAUAUUGAAGCAGCACAAGAAGACAUUCCAAAAGAGGAGACUGUGAGUGAAUUAAAAUCUGAAGAAAAAGAGACUUCAAAACCUGAGAAGAUUGAAGAGAAAACAACCCCAGAUAUUGAAGCAGCACAAGAAGACAUUCCAAAAGAGGAGACUGUGAGUGAAUUAAAAUCAGAAGAACAGUAUUCAGAACCUGAGAAAACUGAAGAUAAAAUAACCACAGAUGUUGAAGUGGAAUCCAAGGAUAUUCUGAAAGAGGUGGUAGGUCAAUCAAAAUUAGACCAACAGCAAUCAGAAGAUGUUGCUUCGAAGCCUGACACACCUGAAGAGAAAAUAACCCCAGAUAUUGACGCAGCACAAGAAGACAGUCCAAAAGAGGAGACUGUGCAUGAAUUAAAAUCAGAAAAAGAGGAGAAUUCAGAACCUGAGAAGACUGUACAGGUAACCACAGAUGUCAAAUUGGAUCCCAAGGACCUUAUUAAAGAGGUGGUCACCCAAACAAAAUCUGAAGAAAAGGAUGCUUCAAAACCACACACACCUGAAGAGAAAGCAGAGGAUCUUCAGAAAGAGUUGAUGAGCCAACAACAAUCAGAAGAUGUUGCUUCGAAGCCUGGCACACCUGAAGAGAAAACAACCCCAGAUAUCAAAGCAGAAGAAGAUGCGAAACAGGAAACUUUGAGUGAAUUAAAGACAGCAGAAAAGGAAACUUUCAAACCUGAAAAGACUGAAAUUAAAGUAUUCACAGAUGACAAGGUGGAUGUUAAAGACCCUCCAAAUAAGGAGACAGUAAGUCAAUUGAUACUAGAAGAUGUUCUGAAGUCUGUCAAACCAGAAGAGAAAGAAUCAACAGACAUCAAAGUAGAAGUCAAAGAUCUUCUGAAAGAGGAGACCGUGAGCCAGGAGAAAUCAGAAGAAAAUGUUUCUCUGAAGUCUGAUAAACCUGAAGAGACAGCAACCACAGAAGUCAAAGUAGAAACCAAGGAAAUUCAAAAAGAGGAGAUGGUUAGUGAAGUGAAAUCAAUAGAUGUUGCUCUGACAUCUGACAAACCCAAAGAGAAAGCAACCCCAGAAGAUGAAGAGUUAAAAGCAUACAAAGUUAUAGAAGGAGAAAAAUCUAAUUCAGAAGACCAAAAGCCUGAUUUAACACUGUCUCCAAAAGAAGAAAAGAAAGAGGAAAGCAUUACAGUACUAAGCGAAGGAAAAGAUGAAAAACCUUACAAUAAACAAGAGAAAUCUACAGAGAAGGAAAGGGAGAUAACAUCUGAAAAGGAAGAGAGAAUACAAACUGACACCAGUGUGGAAACAAAAGCCAAGGAGAUGCCAUCAGAAAAGGAGACACCUGCUGAUAGCUCAGAGAUGGAGAAGCCAGAGGAUUCAAAGCAGAAGGAGCUGAUUAGGGAACAAAAGAAAGUGCAGGAAAGGUCAGAGAGCCCAGAUACUGAUACAGAUAAAAAGAAGACUGGUGAUUCCAAAGAAAAUAAAACAGUGGAGGAGGAAGUACAAUCUCCAAAGGAAACCCCUGUAAAAGAGGACAAAUGCUUGAUAGAUGGCAUGCAAGGAAAAUCAGAGCCUGAGAAAGAAGUGAAAGAAGGAAACGUCACAUCCACAACACAAGAGAAUGGUCUUGAUGAAAGUGAAGACUUGAGCAAGGAGGAGACAAUCAACACAGAGGAGACAAAAAUGCCUGCAAAGGAGAGUCAGGUAGAAAAGACAAAAGCAACACAAGAAGAGCCCAAAACCUCUCAAACAGAUACAAUGCAAGACAGUGACAGCAAAAAGUAAUAUGGUUAAAAAAAAGUUUAAAAUAGAACUUAAAAAAUGCAUGUGACAAGCUAGUCUUUCAGGGUAUAAGAAAUAUGGAAAAAUGUGUGUAUUUCUGUGAAGAAAUUAUUUAAAGAAUAUGAUUAGAUUCUUGAUGCAUGAAAAAUGUAUAAUGUACCAAAUAGGAUGUCAUGCUUUGCAAAUUUGAAUGAAAGGAGCUAUGCAAUUAAAUGUAAAUGAGUUCUAGCUCUGUACUGUGUCAUGAAUGUAACAAUACUUAUGAAUGAUAUCUACAAUAAUACUUUCUAGAUAUAAGAAUAAAUGUAAUUUGCAGAGAAUGUCGUUGUCCUUAGAUUUUGGUUGUCUUUAGUGAAUGGAUCAAUUAAACAAAAGAUUUAAAAAAUA